UAAAAAAAGAAGGAAGAAGUUGCGAUGACAUUAUUUGUGUUACAUACGUUUUUUAAAGUGAAAAUCUCCCUAAAUUAGUAUUAUUUAUUCUAAUUUUAACAUAAAAUUGUCAUGAAAUCGUUUUGUGAGAGAUGAGUGUCUUCGGGGAUUUUCAGCGUGUGUGGGUGCAACGUUUUCCAGAGAGCGCUUUGCCAGCCGCUUGGGAAGAAGAUGUCAGGGCCAAUUUGGCUAAACACAAACAGAAAGUGGCGAUUCUUAGAGAAGAGUUGGAGAAGGAGGAGUUUUACGUGGAGUAUUUAGAAACAUUGUUGUCUGAUGUGGAGAAGCACAAGGCCGCGGCGGGAGGCCGAGCGGCACCGCCCUCGGGGGCUGACGUGAAUGAUCCUGACGAUAAGACGCCAGGUAGCAAACAGGGCUCAAACACCAAUUCAUUGUCAAAGAAGAGCGAGGCUAGCCUUAACAGCACCAAGACUGAUGAGUCAACAGAGACAGUUGAGGUCGAAGAAGUCCAGCUGAGGAGCAAGCCGGUGCACAUAGCUGAGAGGAGUUCUGUCAACCAGUGCAUCAAUGAGCUGUCAUCUAACUUGGCUGCUGAAGCAGCUCGCAGGAGGUGCAACAGCGAAGUGGUUCAGAGAACUGAUACAGUAGCAGACCAAACAAGUCCAACUCAAGCAAAGAACCGUCCAACUUCACAAACUGCUGAUUUUGUAACAGUAAUUGAAGUCAAUGGACUAAAAAUAGCGGAGAAUGCGAACAAAAAGUCCGAAGACUCUCCCCAAUCGUCUGAAAGCAGUCCCGUCGAUCCUACCGUUGCUGCCAAGAAAAAAGUCCCACCGAAACCCCCACCGAAAGUGUUCGGCAAACACCGCGGCGCGUCCAUGCCAGAGUCGGGGUUAGCUGAGGAUAGUCCACCGUCGUCGUUGGGGCGAAAAAUACGCAACGCUGAAUCAAGAGAAUCUAUAGCAAGUCGAGCAUCGACACCAUCUAUCAGUGAAAGGGUGAAGAGUUACGAGUCAAUAAACUCGUUGUCGUCAGAGCGGAAGCGCUCGGGCGGGGCGGCCACCCCUCGGUCCAUCGACGAGGAAGUGACUUCCACCACCCCGGAUUUGCCCGAGGGAGACGCCGAGAAGUCCGCGCCAGUCUCCCUCGAGAGUAUACCGGCCGCCGUGCCUUCAGUCGAAGAUGAGCCGUACUACGAUCAAGUCCCUGUCGACAUCAACGAUGGCGAAUAUGUGUACAUACAAGCUGGCGGCACGGGCUCGAGCACGGAGGAGGGCUCGACAGGCACGAGCACGCUGCCACUGCACCCGCCGUCGGCGCCAAGCGCGCCCACCGCGCCCGACUCGCCGCCCAACGUCACCGUGCCCAACUACGUCAACAUACAUUACUUUAUACAGCAAGCGGCGGAGGGGCCGGAGCCGAGUGAAGCCGGCUCGGAACUGGCGGACUCGUCAGACACGCCGCUACUGCUGCGUACAAUAUCCUCCGACACUGAGGCCAGCAACACCCCGCCCGCCUUGAGGAAGCUUCAUACACAGGAGUCAACCAACAGCAGCAAUGCCGAGGCGGAGAGGUUGACGAUGCACCGCUGCAUCGUCACCAGCAUCAUCGAGAGCGAAACUGUCUACGUCGAAUGUCUCUAUGUUAUGGAGAAGUAUAUGAACGCGAUAAAGGCGACGCUGUCGACGUCCCAACCCGUCAUCACGGAGGAGGAGUUCAAUACGAUCUUCUACAAGAUCUCGGAGCUGCAUGAGCUGCACAAGAACUUCCUCGAGGGACUCAAGACGGCCGUCGCCAGCUGGGAAGAGCCUCUCUCUGUUGGAAGCCAUUUCAAGAAAAUGGCGGAAAACAUAAACGUAUACGGCGCGUUCCUCCACAACUACGGGCGUGCGACGGACGCGGUGCGGCGGCGGUGCUCGAGCUCGCCUCGGUUCGCGGACCUGACAAGGCAGAUCGCCUGCCGCGGACAACCCAUGUCUCUUGACGAUCUGCUUCACAAACCCGUCGCUAGGGUGCAGAAGAAUGCGCUUGUUUUACACGAUCUCAUAAAAUACACACCGGCGAGUCACCCAGACCACGCCAUGUUGACUGACGCUCUCAACAUGACGCAGCAUUUUCUCGAUGAGUUCAACAUCAUACAAACCAAGUCUAUGUUCCCUAACGCUGAUCGCGCUCAACGAAGAUUGGUGAAGAACUCCUUCAUCGUAGAGCUGUCAGACGGACACAGGAAACUGAGGCAUCUGUUCCUAUUCAAUGAUGUUAUUGCUUGCGCUAAAUAUAAGGCAUCAGGCCGCGACAAGUUCACGUUCGAGCUGAAGUGGUUCAUCCCGCUGCCGGACAUCGUGGUAGUCGAGGAAGAGGCGGCGGGGCUGAGCGCGGCGGACGCGCGCGAGGCCUCGCCCGCUAACAUCGUGGCGCUCAAGUCGCAGGCCUCCACCGUGCGGGACCAGAUACUGGCUGAGGAGCGGGCUGCGCACGAUGAUAAGAAACUGCGUCUAGGCGGUCGCGGCGCAGCGGAGAAGCAGCGCAAGAAGCUAGCCGAGCUAGAAGGGCAGCUGGUGCUGGCGUCGCCCAACCUCAUCUUCCGCGUGGGCGCGCGCGCGCCCGGCUCCUCCGCGCUGCAGCGGCAGCACAUAUUCUUCCUCAGCUCCGAGUACGAGCGCACGCAGUGGAUUGACUCUAUACACGCUCUGCAGGCGUCAUCAGCCCCCCCGGCGGGGUCCAGCACGGUGUCGAUGCUGGAGCUGCAGGCGUGGGUGACGGCGUGCCGCAGCUACCUGCAGACGGACAUGGGCUCGUACCUGCUGCGCAGCGGCCGCGACGACUCGCUGCUGCUCGGCGACCUGCAGCUGCAUAUCGGCGGGAUGACCGCGCCGCUCGAUACUGCUGCUGAUUACUACAUAGUAGUGGAGGUGGACUCGUACGGGCACUACUUCCGCAAGGCGAAAUCGAAGCUAGUCUGCCGGAGCGCGCAGCCGCGCUGGAACGAGAGCUACACGCUCGACCUGGAGGGCUCGCAGAACCUUCGACUCUUGCUCUAUGAAGACGCCGCGCGGCCCGUGCUCAGAGGGAAGUGUAUACUUAAGCUGUCGAAGGAGUGGGUGGCGGAGAGCGCGAGCGGCGGCGUGUCCCGCACGGUGUGCGUGGGCGGCGGCUCGCUGCCGCUGCGGCUGCGCCUGCUGCCGCCCGAGCGCUCGGCGCGCCGCGUGCCCUCCGCCAAGCCCGGCGCGCUCUUCGGCGCCAAGAUCACGCAUGUUGCCAAGCGCGAGAAACGCAACAUCCCGUUCAUAAUAAGCGCGUGCGUGCGCGAGGUGGAGCGGCGCGGUAUACACGAGGUGGGCAUCUAUCGCGUGUCCGGCAGCGCCUCCGACCUCAACCGACUCAAGAAGAGCUUCGAGACAAAUGCGUACGAAGCGGAGCAGCUGCUGAAAGAGGUGGACAUCCACUCAGUGACCGGCGUGCUCAAGCUGUAUCUGCGAGAGUUGCCUGAAGCACUCUUCACUGACGCGCUUUAUCCCGAGCUCUUGAGAGCGUGGGGCGCGACACAGGGUGCAGGCGUGUCGGUGGACUCGGGCCCGGCGCACACGCGGCGUCACGCGCUGCUCAAGUGCUACGCGCAACUGCCGGAUCUCAACAAGAACUGUAUCGACUUCCUCCUCAACCACUUCGUCAAAGUGAACCAGCACGAAGGGGAAAAUAAGAUGUCACUACACAACCUAGCGACGGUAUUCGGGCCGACGCUGCUGCGGCCGGCGAGCGCGGGUGCCAACUCCAAGCUGCGCACGGACCUACUGGCCGCGGGCACCGUGGACGCCAUGGCCCAGGCUGGCAUCCUCUACUGCCUCCUGCAGCAGCGCCAGCUAGCGGCCCAGCUCUCCUCGCACCACCGCCCGCCGCUACUAGACUAAACGCGACGACGUUUACAAAUUAAAAUAUAUUACAGGUAUGUUUGUGACGUCAUAGUUACGUAUUGUGAUCAAGCCAACAAAUUCAUUUUUAUGCCAGUUUUAUAUAAGAAAGCAGAUGAAUUCCAAGUAGAUUACCAUGCCACCUACGCUAGCUUUGAGUUCCUUCACAAGUAUUUAAGAAGAAUGUCCCACACUAAGCUCUCAAUUAUAAAAUGCGUUUACCGAUUGGGAGUCUUCAAUUUUUCACAAUUAGCCGAGCCGAAAAAUUUAUAGCGAGGUCGUCCAUAACCGGAAACGAAUAGUAUUGUUUGUGUUCACAUCUCGACGAUAAAUAUUAAAAUAUAUUCGAUCGCAUGAAUUUCUUACAUUCCAUAUAACGAAAAAAUACAGACUGAAAUUAGAAAUAUUGAUUAAGAAAUAUCAUUUACACAAUUUUAUAUGUAGGCAAUAUCAAAAUUUACAUGUAUACAAUUUUGUAUUUAUGGAUAUAAUUUGUAAGACUGCUUUAAUGAUUCAUACCAUGUCGCAUACCUACAAUAACUAAAAUAAAUAAGGUUUAUGUAUCUUUUUAUGCGAUGAAAUGGAUUGAUAAUCAAAUUAAAAUGUUCAAUGAGUAUUAUGAAGUGGGACCGAAAAAUAUUUUAUUGUAAAUUGUCUAUUAGCAUAAAUUGCAGCGGACUGAUAUUAAGUGAUGUGAUGGCGAACCCUGGUAUGUUUCCAACAAUUUUUCGAUCAAAUUGUUUAUUGUGACAAAUAUCUUUCAAUAUGAUAAUCAAACAGUGCUCGUUACAAUGUACGGAAAUUCCAGAAUGAGUGAAUACUUCGGAUGAAGUUUUGCAAUAGUGAAUCUUUGGACGAGGUUAUUAUUUGUCCAUGAGGUAGCAUUUUGAAUGCUAGUCGCGUGUAUUAUUUAGUGUUGUAUUAUGUUAUUGUAUUGUAGCACUACUCUGAACUGUGUGAUAUGUGUCGAUAGAAGACGCAUUGCAACAUUCGCUAGUAUAAAUCUAGUUUAGACUUUCAUUUCACAAGUAGUAUUAGAUUGAUGUUUAUAUUAGUACUUAAAAAUUUACCAAAAAAGAAAUUUCUUAGAACAAAGUUACUUGAAUUUAUUAUUUUGUGUUGAUUUUGUUGAGAAGCAGUAACAUUUCUCUUGUAUGAUUUUACUGUUAAAUAAUAUAUUUCUAACUUAUGUAAGUAUGAUGUAGUCUUUUACAAACACCCUCUACACAAGAUUUUUCUUCACCAAAGAAGGCACUGUUAUUUUGUAUAAUUCUCUUAUAUGUAAAUUGUUAACCAAUUUUACAGUCAAAUGUCUCAAAUGAUUUGUCUGCUGUAUAAUUUGAUCUUGUCAAUUUGUUUGUUUGUUGUGUCUGUAUAAUAAAUUAAGUGACAAAAAUAUUUAUAAUUCACCAAGGCUGACUUAUAGGAAUGUCUUUAGAAUGGCAUUUCGAACUUUGUCAGUCAGCCAAUAAUUAUGCUUUUUUAAUGUUAAAACAUAAGUUACUACUGAAACAAAUUUUCAUUAAUAAGGCUACAGUUUCAUUGUUCAGGCUUAUAAUCACAAGAUCAUGUUAGGGAUUUGCACUUAAAAUAUUUACAGUCAUUAUUUUUUCUAAUUUAAGAAUGUAUCUUCAGACUGAAGGCGUAUACUUAUGCUUGCUGCUGCCAAAUUAACUAUUGCCAAUUAUCCCUGAAAGUUUAGAGUAGUAACUUUACAUUUUCAUUAUGUAAGUGAAGUAGUAGUUUUAUUCAAUAAAUGAGCCACUCUUGCACUUUUGUAAGAACUGAUUUA